AUGGCCGAGGGCAGCAGCACCGGGGAGGUGGCCGCUUUGCCGGUGCCCGGGCCGCCCAGCAGUCUCGGCAAUGGGGCCAGCGGAGCCGCAACUCAGAGCAAUAACCCGCUGUCUCGGAAGCUGCACAAGAUAUUGGAGACGAGGCUGGAUAAUGACAAGGAGAUGCUAGAAGCUCUCAAGGCACUUUCAACCUUCUUUGUGGAAAAUAGCUUACGUACCAGAAGAAAUUUACGUGGAGAUAUCGAACGCAGAAGUUUAGCCAUCAAUGAAGAAUUUGUGAGCAUAUUCAAGGAAGUAAAGGAGGAACUUGAAAGCAUAAAUGAAGAUGUUCAAGCAAUGAGCAACUGUUGUCAAGACAUGACAAGUCGCCUCAAGGCAGCAAAAGAACAGACUCAAGAUUUAAUCGUAAAAACUACAAAACUUCAAGCAGAAAGUCAAAGGUUAGAAAUAAGAGCCCAAGUUGCAGAUGCCUUCCUAUCUAAAUUCCAGUUGACUUCAGAUGAAAUGAGUCUUCUCCGAGGCACAAGAGAAGGACCUAUUACAGAGGAUUUUUUCAAGGCAUUAGGAAGAGUAAAACAAAUUCACAAUGAUGUCAAAGUUCUUUUGCGAACAAACCAACAAACUGCAGGUCUAGAAAUAAUGGAACAGAUGGCCUUACUUCAAGAAACUUCCUAUGAACGACUUUACAGAUGGGCUCAAAGUGAAUGCAGGACUUUGACACAAGAGUCAUGUGACAUAUCUCCUGUACUUACCCAAGCUAUGGAAGCCCUGCAGGACAGACCAGUAUUAUAUAAGUAUACCUUAGAUGAAUUUGGGACAGCUCGAAGAAGUACAGUUGUUCGUGGGUUUAUUGAUGCUCUUACAAGAGGUGGCCCAGGAGGGACUCCUCGACCUAUUGAAAUGCAUUCUCAUGACCCUUUGAGGUAUGUGGGAGACAUGUUGGCUUGGCUCCAUCAAGCUACUGCUUCUGAAAAGGAACAUCUUGAGGCAUUAUUAAAAAUGGUAACCAUACAAGGUGUUGAAGAAAACAUUCAAGAAAUAGUUGGGCAUAUCACUGAAGGAGUCUGCAGGCCUCUAAAGGUCCGAAUUGAACAAGUAAUAGUUGCUGAGCCUGGGGCAGUUUUAUUAUAUAAAAUUUCUAACCUCCUUAAAUUCUAUCACCAUACAAUUAGUGGUAUUGUGGGAAAUAGCGCAACCACAUUAUUGACCACCAUUGAAGAAAUGCAUUUGCUAAGCAAAAAAAUAUUCUUCAAUAGCUUGAGUCUCCAUGCAAGUAAACUAAUGGAUAAGGUUGAACUCCCACCUCCUGAUCUUGGACCAAGCUCUGCACUAAGCCAGACACUUGCAUUAUUGCGUGAAGUUUUGGCAUCUCAUGACUCUUCAGUUGUGCCAUUAGAUGCUCGUCAAGCAGAUUUUGUACAGGUUUUAUCUUGUGUUUUGGAUCCUUUACUCCAGAUGUGUACUGUAUCUGCUAGUAAUUUAGGCACAGCUGACAUGGCUACUUUCAUGGUCAACUCUUUGUAUAUGAUGAAGACAACACUAGCACUCUUUGAAUUUACUGACAAACGCCUAGAAAUGCUACAAUUUCAGAUUGAAGCACAUUUGGAUACACUUAUAAAUGAGCAAGCAUCCUAUGUGUUAACCAGAGCAGGUCUGAGUUUUAUCUACAACACUGUACAGCAACAUAAACCAGAACAGGGUCCCUUAGUUAACUUGCCCAGCCUGGAUUCAGUCUCACUGAAGGCAGCAAUGGUUCAAUUUGAUCGCUAUCUAUCUGCCCCAGAUAAUUUGUUAAUGCCACAGUUGAAUUUCCUUCUAAGUGCCACAGUAAAAGAACAGAUCAUAAAACAGUCCACAGAAUUAGUUUGCAGAGCCUAUAGUGAACUAUAUACAGCUGUGAUGAAUCCAGCCAAUGAAUACAAAGAUCCUGAGACCAUUUUGCACCGAUCUCCUCAGCAAGUUCAGACACUUCUCUCCUGAGUGAAUUAUUUGAACAGCUUGGCAACUUUUUUCAUUAGUCUAAUAUUAAAGGCUUUUUUUUUCAGUCUGUCAUUCUUUUAUGUCCUUUGAACUUUGUUGAUCUGAAUAUUAUUUAAAAUCUAGAAGAAUGGUUCUCUAUAACAUUUCAACACUAAUUUCAGUAAUGCCAUUACAUGUAAAGUGAAUAUGUUGACUUCAUUUUGAUUGUUAAUAUUAGAGCUGCCCUUACAUAUUUAUAGAAAGGUGUUCCCUGUAUCCAUCUCUCUAUUGUUCUGAGAUGGGGUAGGUUUUUAGGCCUUGUUUUACAGCCCUACUUGUUCUUCUCAAAUUCAAUGUCAUUGCGCCUCUAUUUGUAGACCCAGGUGAGUGGAAACAUUAAUCAUGGUUGUUGGUAUUUUUAAUAAUUUCUAUUAUAAACUUAAUAGUAACCUCAACAAAUCCAUCUUUCUUCAAAUGAUCUUGUGUUAUUUAUUUACCUGUUUGUAUUCCACUGCAGAAUGUAAGCUCCUUAAGGGCAGGAACUGUUUUUCCACUUCUGAUUUUGUAUCUUCCAUGCUUAAUACAGUAGUGCCUUGCACUCAGUGGGUAUUUUCUAAUAGAAUCCACCAGAGCUAAUAUUCCAUAGUGCCCCUUUCUGUGUAAAGCUUAUUGAGUUGAAAAAAGAAAAUGAGGAAGAAAAUCUCCUCCUAACUGUGAAAUGUAGUUUAUGUUUUGCUAAAAAAAAGUAUGUAAAUUCUGAGGAAAGUAAUAACAAUAACAACUUGUUCUUUGUUUCUUCUGAGCUUUUUCUUGAUCUAUGUACAAAUAAAAUUUUGUUGCUAAUAUUUUUAUGUAGUCACAGAUUGUGUAUAUUAUUCUUCUAAUUUUGUUUUCUUCACUUUACAUUGCUAUAUAAAAAUCUUUCCAUUCUUUAUCUUAAUAUUCAUCACUUUAAGAGUAUAAUAAUAUUCUGACACAU